AUGGGUACGAUUGCUAAGUCUAGAAACUCUAUUGCUUUCUUCUUCAAUCAUUUGCUUAUCGAUCCUCAUUAUUGUCAUGUAAGGCUUUCUUCCCAUGCUCAAAAUUUUUAUUAUUAUUAUCUCUGUUUUAGUUCUACUUCUGCUAAAUCUACUGAUAGUGGUAGAGAUAUUGUUGAAAGCCCCAAUCAGUUCUUGAAAUCUGUCAGAGAUCGAUGCAGAUCUCGUAGCUUUAGGAAUCUUGAUGAUUCCUUAGGCGUGUUUGGUAGAAUGCUUCGCAUGCACCCUUUGCCUUCCCUCGUGAAUUUUAAUCAAUUGCUGGGUGCAAUCGCAAGAAUGAAGCAUCACUCAACUGUUAUUACUUUGAUUAAAGAAAUGGAACAGUCAGGAAUUGCUCCUGACGCUUGUACUCUAAGGGUUCUAACUAAUUGCUUCUGUCAUUUGAAGCGGGUUGAUUUCGGCUUCUCUAUCUUAGCAAGAAUUUUGAAAUUUGGUUUUCAACCGGAUUGUAUAAUUCUAACAACUCUUGUCAAUGGGCUGUGUCUUCAGGGUAAAAUUGUUGAAGCUACGAAGUUGGUUAACAAAAUAGAGAAAAUAGGCUAUAAACCUAAUACAAUUACCUACAGAACGAUAAUGAAUUGUUUGUGUAAAAUAGGUAUGACUAGUGAAGCUAUUGAAUUGUUUAGAAAGAUGAAAGAAAGAAAUCUUGAUCUUAAUGUAGUGUUGUAUAGUACAAUCAUUGAUAAUUUGUGUAAGGACAGAUUGGUAACUGAGGCUUUGACUUUUUUCUCUGAAAUGACAACCAAAAUCAUGCUAGAUUUGUAUACAUUCAGCAUAUUGGUGGACACACUUGGCAAAGAGGGAAAGUUGACAGAGGCAGAAGAAGUUUUUAAUGUGAUGAUUCAGAGAGGCGUAAAGCCUGAUACAAUCACUUACAGUUCUUUGAUUAACGCUUAUUGCUUGCAAAAUAAAAUGGAUGAAGCUGUCAAAGUAUUUAAUACGAUGAUUCGAAAGGGUUGUUUGCCUUCUAUUGUUAGCUAUAGCAUAUUGAUUCACGGAUAUUGUAAAAACAAAAGAGUUGAUGAGGCAAUGAUUCUCUUCCGUGAAAUGACUAUCAACGGCAUGAUUCCCGAUUGUGUCACUUACAACACUCUUAUUGGCGGGUUUUGCCAAGUUGGGAGAUCUAAGACUGCACUAGCUAUUCCACGAGAUGCAAGUGUUGCUGGUGGAAAUCUUUUAAAGAGAUGUACAAGUCAAGGAUCUAGCAUCGAGCUGGUUCUCUGUAUUCAAGUUGUACUCUUGGCGUUGUUGGAUGUUGGUGGUUGUGUUGUUCGGUUUGUUGACGCUGCUCAGCUGCUGGAUUUUACAAGUUGGAUGCUGUUGAAAAAUAUAAUGAUCAAAGGUCUUUGCAAAGAAGGUUUGUUAAAUGAAGCGAGGGAGUUAUUUGAGAAAAUGGAUGAGAACGGUUGUUCACCUAACCUUGUCACAUAUAACACAAUCAUCCAAGGCUUCUUGCAACAUAAUCAGACAUUAUGGGUUGUGAAUCUCCAAAUGAUGGUUGACAAAGGUUUCUCAGCAAAUGCAAACACGGCAACCAUUUUGAUCGAGUUGUUGACUACUAAUCAGGCAGAUAAAACAUUACAAGAAUUUUUUCUAAAUCCGUGUGAAAGAUUUCUAAGUCUUCAACGUGCAUGACAAAUUUGAUAUUCCAAGAUUUACACAGUCAAUCUGUAAGGUAUGAACAUAUUUGUUGCAAGUCAUUAAGGUAAUAUUUCUCUCUAUGACUU